GACGCUCUUUGUAGGCACGUGACUUUAGCAGACGCGUCUUUUCGAGAAAUUUCGAUUAUGAUUUUGAGAACGUAGAUCAGGACGUGCGGCGAAUUUUAUCUUCAGAUUAGCCAUGGACGAUUUCUUGCUGGAGCUCCAUUUUUUAGGUGAUAUCGACGACGAAGAAUUCAUACACUUGUAUGAUCUAAAUCGUCGAAGAAAUUUACAUGUUAAUCUGCCAUAUUGGCAGUAUCCAAAAUUUGACCUCGAGCAAAUGCGCGAAGAUGAAUGUUUGGUGGAAUUUAGAUUCGCCAAAAAUGACAUAUACGGCCUAGUCAACAUACUGCAAAUCCCUGAGGUUAUACGGUGUUACAAUGGCUGGAAGGUGGAUGCAGUUGAGGCUCUAUGCAUCUGUCUGAAAAGACUCGCAUAUCCGUGCAGAUAUUGCGAUAUGAUCCCGAGAUUUGGCAGGCCCGUCCCACAGCUGUGCACCAUGUUUAACACUGUUGUGAACACUAUUUACAACAACUUCGCACAUCUUCUAAGGGACAUCAAUCAACCUUACCUAUCCCCAGCAAAUCUUAAAUUGUAUGCAGAUGCCAUCCAUGCAAAGGGGGCCGUACUGGAAAAUUGCUGGGGUUUUGUAGACGGCACUGUCAGGCCAAUAUGUCGACCAACUAGGAAUCAAAGGGUCGUUUACAACGGACACAAAAGAGUCCACGCAUUGAAGUUUCAAUCUGUUGUGGCUCCGAAUGGCCUUAUUGCGAAUCUUUUUGGGCCCGUUGAAGGACGCAGGCAUGACAGUGGUAUGCUUGCUAUGUCAGGGUUAUUAGGCCAACUUGAACAGCACUCUUUCUCUGAAGAAGGGCAGCCCCUUUGCAUAUAUGGUGAUCCUGCCUACCCAAACAGGGUUCACCUGCAAUGUCCUAUCAUAAGAAGGAGACCUUUAACAGAAGACGAACAAGCCUUUAAUACCUCAAUGAGUAGGGUUCGUGUUGCUGUUGAAUGGGUUUUUGGGGACAUUGCAAACUAUUUUAAGUUUAUAGAUUUUAAGAAAAACCUUAAAAUUGGAAUGAGUGCUGUUGGGAAAAUCUAUGUAGUUUGUGCCCUUUUAAGAAAUGCUCUGACAUGUUUAUAUGGCUCCACAACAUCAACAUUCUUCAAUGUGAAACCUCCAAACAUUGAUGAAUAUUUUAGGUAAGGUUGAUUUUCGAGAUAUCAACAAAGAUUCUGGCAGAGGAGACAAAUUCAUCUUUACUCAUCUUCGCAAGACAACAGAAACGGCUUUUUUAAAAGCCACCAAUAGUACCAAGACCUGUACACACACGACAAGUCAUGGCAUUGUUUUAGGCAAUUUCUCAAAUCAUGAAAACAGAAAAACACUAUAAAAAUUUUACAAGGAGGCCUAUAUCCCUAUUUUGUAUCUCCAUCUGAAACUAUAACAAACUGAAAUAGGUGAUAGUUCAAUGGUCAUAGAAUGUAGAAAAAAAUAACAUUUCACAGCAGAUAUGUCAAUUGUAAGUACCCAAGGCCAAAUUGUGAUAUUUUAGAAAUUUACAAAUCAAUAACCACAACAAUGUAUCAUUAUAAUCAUCAAUUUUGCCUGUUUAACCCCUCUUUCAAAUAUGAGUUAUCAGACUAAUCUGAAAAGUGUUUUGUACAAUGAUUUAAGUUGCAAUUUGAUUACAAUUGAUAGAAAAAAGCUUAAAGGUUCCACCAACUCAAGCUUAGCCUAAAUGUUCAGUGAUUUUGUGUUGUUUCUGGAUUCUAGAGUCAAAAACUGUAUUGUCCACCAAAGAAAAUUAGUUUGCCACUGCAAAUUUUAGCAUUGAAAAUCUUUUCCAGUUACAAUAAGGCAAAUUCUAUAAAUAUUUCAUUUUGUUGAUGUGUCUUUAAAGGAUGUUUGAUGGUUCGCCUAUUGAUAAAACAUUUUUUUACUUUAAAAAUCAUUUCAAAUCUAGUUCUGUAUUUACCUUUGAAAAUAUUUCUGAGCACAUAAAAGUUAGGUGAAACUGAAUAACAAAUCACCAUAAUUUUUGUGACAUUAAGAAAUUAAUUAUUUUGAAACUAAUGAUAAAGAAAGUACUUAUGACUUAUUGUAAUCACAGCAAAUUUAUGGAGAU